AUGCUAAGUACUAUUUCAAAUAGCAUAUCUGGCCCAGCUUGCGUCCAGCAGGUAACGUGGGCGCCACGGCACAACCUUGAUCCUGUACUCGAACACGACCGGCAACAUGCAAAAUGUAUCUCAACAGUUAAUCUACCGACGACGCUGGUAUUUCAAGAGGAGCGGCACUCCGACAACCAGCCGACGACCAAAGUCACAACAGAUGCCCAGCUCCACGACAAGUGCACAUCACUCAUUACCCAGCGUCGAAACGUGAUAAAGGAACUCAUCGAUACGGAGAGAAUUUUCACCAGAGAUAUGAGAAUCCUGCUGCAUGUCUAUAAAGAGACUGCAGACGCUUGCCCUGCACUAGACUUCAAAGCGAUACAGCUUAUUUUCCGUAAUAUCGAUGACAUCGUUUCUGUUCACACCUCCUUUCAAUCAGACCUUGAGACGUCUGCGGCGAGUGUUUAUAAUCAUCAUCAGGAGAAGCCUCCUGUAGUCAACAAGAAUAUCCCUACGACAAACUUGAAUCAAAACACUUUGAUACAAGUCAGUGAAGCUGAAGACAGAGGGGCAUGGAUCGGGCGUGCCUUUAUGCUCAAUAUCGAUAGCAUAAGUAUGGCCGUUAAGAAGUUCCUACAAAAGGGCAAGGAGGUUGGAGAGUAUUUAGUGGUCAUUCAAAAGCAUCCCGCAGUUGUUUACUGGAUGGAGCAGUGCAGGGAGGUCACAGAGCACCUUACGCAUGCCUGGGAUCUUGGAUCACUAUUAAUCAAACCUUUACAGAGAAUAACGAGGUAUCCGAUACUCAUAACGGCGUUGUUGCAGCAUACGCCCCAUGACUAUCCGGAUAGGAAAGACUUACUUGAGGCUCGGGAGCGUUUCAACGCUCUGCUCUUCCAGGUUAACACGACAACGAAACUAUUCGAAGCGACACCAAGGCCAAUAACCAAAACAUAUACCGGCUCUGUAGCCAAACCUGGUAUGAGACGAACGUUAAGGAAGUCGAUGUCUAAGAUGCGACUGUGGAGUCAGCGGCUGAGUGGAAAUCAGAGUCGUGUAGACGACCGCCGGGUUUGCAGUGCCCCACUGGACGAUGGUACAGAUGAAAGAGGUUCAUGUAUUGCGCACGAAAUGUCCUCAGCGAACCCGUUUUGCCCAGCCAAGGGCGACCACGAAUUCCCUCACACAUGGUUCUCUUCUCGAUCGGCACCCGAUUUACUCACAAAGACGAGCAAGUGA